AAGACAUACAAUAAACAUACGUAAUUGGAAAUUUACAGAUCCAGUAAACUCAAGGAUUUCAAAAAAGGAAUCCUGGAAGUCUGAGGAACCUGAGAACUAUUCAAAUCAAGAAGGUGACAGGAUCAAAGGAAAGGGAAAGUUUGUUAUAUGAAGACUUGUGGAUGGGAGAAAAUGAUCUUCAAACAAAACCAGUUUGGCCCCUGGGCUGCUGUGUCAGUUCUCCUCGGUGUGUUGGUGGAUGUGUCCGGUGGAAUGAUGAGUGUUCAGCUGAUCCCUCAGAAUCCGGUCAUCGGAGGAUCUGUCACUAUGAGUGUUACUGGGAUUACUGGGAAAAUUAAGUCUUUUGUUUGGUGUAAAGGACCGAACACAGACAGAGAUUAUCAAAUCCUUACAUAUAGCCCAUUCCCUGGUGCAAAUCCAACAAUUCCUGGACGUCUGUUCCAUAGUAGGAUGACACCUUUCCCCAAUGGAUCUCUACAGAUCUCCAACCUAAAUAGAACUGAUGAGGGAAAUUACAUAGUGAAGAUGCAAGCGGAUAAUUAUGGUGAUACACCUGUAUACCUGAAAAUCUAUGGUGAGUAA